AUGAAUUCAACCUUUAUAUCUGCAGACUCUGUAGAACACUGUUUUCAAAAUGUGAAUACGUCCUGUGUAAAAGUUUCCAGGUCAGCUAGUGUUAAAAUUGUUAUGUAUUUUGUGUUAGUGUUAGCUGUUCUUGUUACAAUUUGUGGAAAUCUUGUUGUGGUCAUCUCGAUUUCACAUUUCAAGCAGCUGCAUUCGCCCAAUAAUUUUCUUGUCCUUUCUCUGGCAACAACUGAUCUUUUGCUAGGAUUGUGUGUGUUACCUUUUAGUGUCAUCAGAACUGUUGAAACCUGUUGGUAUUUAGGUUCUUUUUUCUGUAGGUUACAUGCGUGUAUGGAUAUGCUUUUUUCUACCGUUUCUAUUUACCAUUUGUGGUUUAUUGCAAUUGAUAGGUAUUAUGCUGUGUGCAAUCCGCUGCUUUACACAACUAAAAUCAGCAUUAAAGUUAUUUACAUGUUUAUAAUGCUUGCGUGGAUUUUACCAAGUAUAUACAGCUUUGGCUUAAUUUUCUCUAAAGCCAAUGACCAAGGUCUUGAAGAUUUGGUUGCAAUAUUGUCAUGUGAAGGUGGUUGUCUUUUGCUAUUUAAUAAACUCUGGUCAGUGUUGGAAUCACUAACAUUUUUUGUACCAUGCUUUAUAAUGAUAGGGAUUUACGCAAAGAUUUUCAGAGUUGCUCAAAAACAAGCUAAAACAAUACACAAUAUUCAAAACAAAAUUAAAACACAAGAAGAAAAGAAAAGGAGAGUAAAUCAGAAGAGGGAACAAAAAGCUGCAAAGGCACUGGGAAUAUUAAUGGGUGUAUUUUUAAUUUGCUGGUUGCCGUAUUUUAUUGAUCUUUUAAUUGAUGGCAAUAUCAAUUAUGUAACUCCUGCAUUUGUAUUUGAUGGCUUAGCCUGGCUGGGCUAUGUUAAUUCUGCUUUCAAUCCUUUGAUUUAUGCAUUUUUCUACCCCUGGUUUCGCAAAGCACUGAAACUAAUUUUGACUUUUAAAAUAUUUACUUCUAAUUCAUCAAAGAUUAAGCUGUAUUCGUAG